AUGGAGGAGGAGGAGGAGGAUGAAGAGGAAGAGCAGCACCUCUCUGCGCUCUGGGGCCCAGAACCCCCCAGGGGACGGGACUGGGCUUGUUUUGCUCUCCUCCUAAUCCCACCCCACAGAAGGGAAAUUGAGAAUUGGCAAACCCAAACCUUGGCACUCAGGGAGUCUUCCUCACCCCCAGACCCUCAGGAUGAGCUGGAAUUUGUGGGAUUUGGGGAUUUUUCCCAGUCAGGGAACGAAGAGAAAAUCCAGGCUGAGCCAGUGCCAUGUCCAGGGAGCAAGGACACCACGUGGGGUGACAUCCCCGUGUCCUGCAGGGUUUGGGGACAUCCCCGUGUCCUGCAGGGUUUGGGGACAUCCCCGUGUCCUGCAGGGCUUGGGGACAUCCCCGUGUCCUGGAAGGUUUGGGGACAUCCCCGUGUCCUGCAGGGCUUGGGGACAUCCCCGUGUCCUGGAAGGUUUGGGGACAUCCCCGUGUCCUGCAGGGCUUGGGGACAUCCCCGUGUCCUGGAAGGUUUGGGGACAUCCCCGUGUCCUGCAGGGCUUGGGGACAUCCCCGUGUCCUGGAAGGUUUGGGGACAUCCCCGUGUCCUGCAGGGCUUGGGGACAUCCCCGUGUCCUGGAAGGUUUGGGACACACUCCCUGUCUGUGGCUGUGGCACUUGUGACCCUCCUGAAUGUCCCUCCAGGUGUGUCCCCAAACCCAGUCUGUCCCCAAACCCAGCACCACCUAUGGGACCUUUUGGAAACCCAAGCACCCUUCUGGGGUGUCCCUGGAGCUGAGGGACACCUCCAGAGCCCCACUGGGGACUCCCCAAAGCCCCUCUGGGGACCCCCAGCCAAGAUUUGUGUCCCCAGCCCCCCUCUGUGCCCCCCAAAUGCACCUGGGGCUCCCCCCAGCUCCUCCGGAGCCUUUGAGGCGCCGCUUCCGCCCCGGCCACAUCUUGAGAGCACAUUGGGGAAAUUCAAACAACCUGUGGGGUUUCCUCCUGCUGCCUUUGAACCCCUUCGGGGGCAGGAAAAUGGGGCCAGACCCUCAGGAAGUGCCAACCCACCCCCCAGAGGGUCCCAGUGAGGUGCUGGGGACACUGAGGGUCAUUCACGGGUUUAAAUGUCCCCCCAAAAUGCAGCAGAGGCUCCCCAGAUCCUGGAGAUUCCUCAGGCAGGGAGGAAGGAAUGCUGCAAAGGGGAAAAACAAUUCCAGGGCAAUUCCAUGGACAAAUGGGGUUGGGAUGAGAAAGAAGGGGAUGGGGUGGCUGGGAUUUGGGGGGGCUGUGGGGUCAGGGCAAGGAGAGGGAUUUGAGUGUCCAGAGAAGGUUUUGGGAAUGUUCCCCGUUUUGGGGUGUCCCCGCUUUUGGGGUGUCCCGGGUGGUUUUGGGGAUUUUCCCCGUUUUUGGGGUGUCCCGGGUGGUUUUGGGGUCUCACUCCCACCCCCGCCUCAGCCCGCGCCGUGCCACUGCCGCCCUCUAGCGGCU